AUGGCCAAAGAUACCAAGCCGACCAAGGACCCUCUCCAAGGUCUCGAGUUCGAGAAAAAGAACAAAGACAUGAUCAAACUGCCUAAAUACGCCCGCGUCCAAAAACGCCCCAUCCCACACGCUCCCAUCGCAUCACCCUACGCCGGAUCCUCGGUACCGAAAACCGUGUACGUCUCGACUAAGUCCCCCUUCAUGAGCUCUGUGAAACGCGUACAGAAACUCCUUCGACAGGCAGAGAAACGCGCCACCGCGUCCGUGCUGCAUCCGUCGAAGAACAGCAGACAGCGAGACCAGCAGCGGUUGGCGCAGCUUGCGCGUGCAGGGGAGCAAUUGAGUCGGGAAGAAGUCUUCGUGAAGGCCACGGGACGAGCGAUGGAGAAGGCGCUGAGUGUGGGACGGUGGUUCGAAGAGAGAAGCGAUGAGUACGUGGUUCGUGUGAAGACGGGAAAUGUACUUGUUGUGGAUGAUGUGGUGGAAGAUGAAGAGGAGAAGAAGAAGGUUCUAGAGGAGGCGGAGAAAUUGCGUGCGGAGCUGCACGCGCAGCCAGAUGCAGAUGCAGAUGCAGAUGGAAAGAAGAUCUCGAAGUCUGCGACAAAAAAACGAAAGCGUGCUGCAAAUGCGGCGGCUUCGAUUGAUGAUUCGGAAUUGCCGGAGACGCGCACUCGAUGGGUCAAUAUGGUUGAGAUCGCGGUUGCUCUAAAAUGA